UUUAAUCCGCUAAAUCAAGACUAGACUUGUCGCGUUGAAAGGUUUACGCAGGUCUAAAAUGCUACUUUUGGUUUACGCGAUGCUAUCGUUCAUGUGCUUUGUGAAUACUAAGGAUCUGUGCACAUCAGAGGUACGUCAAUACUGCUAUCUUCAAAAGCGUCAUCCAAUGGCAUGUGUCGGAACUUACGUGUGCCCUCAAAUAUCAGAAAAUCAAUCUGACGAAGAAGAACGUUUUAAGGAGAAUAUCGUCCGACUUCAUAACGUGAUCCGAUCACAACCAGUCUACGGGCUGACUGCGGCAAACAUGCGCCAACUGAAAUGGGACGACCAAUUAGAGCAAAUGGCGAAAAUAACCGCGCAUCAGAUCUGCGUCAAUACCUACAUCCAGCGCUUCUGCGAGGCAACGCCUAAGCAUCUCGAAAUGAUCGGAUCUAACGAACUUGUGCUGUCUGCUAACUUCAAACUUAGGAUCAACGCGGACACUGUCAUGGACAAGUGGUUUAAGAAGAGAAUGGAAUAUAACGCGACUAACCUAAUUCUGCCGUUCAACGGAAACAGAUCAAUACAGCCAGUGGCGCAAAUACUUUCCGCUGAGACGCACAGCAUCGGCUGCGCGUACCUACAGGCAAAUAACCGAGGCCUUCAGCUACUUGUAGUCUGCAAAUAUGCCCCUGCUGGUGCGAAUGUAGGCAUGAAUGCGUUCAUUGUAGGUCCCCAGGGAAGCCAAUGUCCGGUUAACACAAGCCGGACCCCUGAGGGUCUUUGCAACUAGGAUCAAACCACAGUGUUUUCGUCUUUAUCCUUUUUUACUUGCCUUUUUGUCUUCUGAGGUAGCAAAUUAGCCAUCGGACUAAGAAGCUCCAACAUUACCGCAUCAAAUCUCCCAUUCCUGUAAAAGAUGCUGAUAAUCUCAACGAGCAACUCCUUGCAUACACCUGGGACACCAAUACACAGCUCUUAAUUUACAACCAGUUAUGAGCGAUAGUGGUUGGCAUUUGAAUGAUCAAGAGCAUAAUUCUCCUUCAUUGUUAGGACGUUAUUGUAUAAAGAAGAAAACAUGUAUAGACACUUACCCACUAUAAUCCUAUAGCAGCCCUUUUAAGCUUUUUGGAUUUUUUUUUAAGUUUUCCUUAAAGGCUACGUCAAUAUGAAUCUUAGAGUUUCGUUGCAGUUCAAAAAGAUGCAUAGAUAGUUAUAAAAGUAUUUGUUGGUUAUUUCGAAAACGUUUGCAAAAAUAUCUCUACUUACAGAACAGGUUUAAAAAACCAAAGUAAGGAAAACAUUUAUCCUGUAUUACUUCAAAAAUACAUGCAGAUUUUUUUUAGUUGAGUUUCAACUUAAUCUUAAAUUUAAAAAAACAGGCCCGUCAAAGUUUUGCUAUGUCACUUAUUAACUUAAAGAACUCAAUUGAUCUUAAGAAACGAGCAGAUAAGCGUUUAACUUUAUUUUUUCUAUUAUAGCAUGAUGUUCUCUAUGUCAAUGCGGUUUAGGUACUUCAUCAAGAACUGGCUAAUUAUUGAAAUAUUGCUCCAUAAUGUGACUUCCAGACUUGUUCAUACAUUUACCCAUAGUUACAGAUGGGGGAGGGUGAAAUCAAGGUGGAAGUGCAUUUUUCAAAUUUCUAGGAAACGGUUGGUAACAAUCUGGAAGUGCGAAGUCUGAGUUUACUUUAGGAUACUUUUAGGGAUCUUUAGGAUACUUAGGGAGUAUGGCCACGGAUGUUUGCUCAUACGAUGUAAAGCUGUAAAAGGCCACUGAAUCCCGACCUCCUGAGACAAAGAGGGAGGUCAAGCAGGCGGAGAAAAGGUGGCCGAAAGAAGUUCAAAACUCAGCGCAUAAAUAAACACCUUUGAGGGUCUACCGCAUUAGAACACGCUUUACUUCACGAGAAUAAGCAAAAUUACAACACUUAGACUGUGUAAGCCUUGCAGCUUUGUUUUUGCUCAUAACGCGCCCGUGUCCUCAGGCUUCGUUUCUCUAGAAACUUUGGAUAACCGGUCGAGUGAUACAUGUUAGUUCGUUCAUUGAGAAUUGAGAUCUAUCUCUGUGACUUGCCACUUUGCGCAAGAGCAGCCUUCUCUAAAGACGCUCAUCGUACAAAUGGGAUAUUUUGCGAAUAUCCUUUUGCGAAGUUUAACAUAAGCACAGGUAAGAUACGAACAUUUCCUGCUGGGAUCUAGAUAAAUCAUUCAUUCAUCACUAUCUAAACUAAUCUAUAGCUAUACUAGAAGGAAUCUGGCAGAAUAAUUUAGAAACACAUGAAAAUUUUAUAAUAGUUAAAAACACGAACUGGGUUUAAACAUUUGCUGCGAAUUCUGUCUACUUUCUCCUCGUUCUUACUAUUUUCAUUCAUAUGAAAGAAAAAAAGUACCCUUGGAAACUCUUGACCGAAAAGUAGCUUGACGCUAAAGAUUCGCGUCUGUAUAAUUUUUGAAAUUACUCCUAUAAUGGGUCUACCUAAGUUUGAAUGGCUUUAACUUUCGGAAAGCUAAGAAAUCACCUUACGAAAGUUGUAUCUAAUGCACCACAAAAAGCUUCCGAUGAGGUAUAUUCACUACGUACAGGUCAACAUUCAGAUAGAUUGUAUGAAAAAUGAAAUGCGAUGGCCACUUUGUUUUCUAUCCAUUUUGAGUCCUAUUCCUUUUCAAGAUUUCGAAAAUCUAUGAAAUCUGGAAAUCAUCAUAGUAGUCUGCAACUUUUAAUCUGUACAGCGUUGAAGGCUCAAAACAAACCUGAACGUAGUAAAAAAACAACGCUGUAAAUUUGAAGACAUUGGAUUGAUGCUGCUUAAAGUUUCCGGAAUGUUCUAUAUAGUAUUAAUUUCAAUGUACAAUAAAGUUACUACUAUGAGUGCCAGCCUUAUCGUAACUUGUUUUUAUUUAGUGAUUUUUUUUCCUUAAAAAUGCAAU